AUGUCAUCCAAAAUGACGGUCCGUGGUCUUGAUGACUGGACUUUUAUGGUUUCCACGUCCAUCAAUGGCACCUCUGUCUCUCUGACCGCAAACUUGCUGGUCAUAGCCACUCUGGUCCUCACACUGUUGGGAUACUUUGUUGUUCCGCAUCUCCUAUCACCUCUCCGAUCAAUUCCUGGUCCAUUUCUGGCCCGCUAUACUAACCUCUACCGCCUCUACCAUACCACCCGCGGGUCUUUCCAUCUCCACAUCACUCGAUUGCACAAAACAUACGGUCCCGUCGUUCGAAUUGGCCCCAACACCGUCGAUAUUGACUACCCCGAGCCGAUCAAAGUUGUCUUUGGGACGACUACAAAACAAAAAGCCGAGUGGAAAAAGACAGGGUUCUACCUCUCUAGCAGCACGCGAGUCAAGGAAACGGGGGAGAUCAUGUACAACCUGUUCAGUCAAAUUGAUCCAGAGUUGCAUGCCAAGUGGAAGAGACCAGUGGCCAAGUAUUACUCCGCCGCCGCGGUGGCCAGAGUAGAAAGCAAGAUGGAUGAAGUGGUCGAUAUGCUAUGUCAGGAGUUGGACAAAAGGGUCAGUGGCAAUGAUGGGCAAGGGGGGGUUGAUCUGGGGAAGUGGAUCGUCUACUACACUUGGGACGUCAUCGGGAACGUCACAUUUUCCCAACCGCUCGGGUACUUGCGCGAGGGCAAAGACUUUGACGGGACGCUUUUGACAGCAGAUAAAACGCUCGACUACUUUGCUUUCAUAACAUCAAUCCCUUGGCUUGAUUACGUCUUUGACAAGAACAGAAUCAUGAGAAUCGGACCGCCGAGCUUCAAUCACAUCGUCGGACUGAGUGUAGGGCAUAUCAUGAAGCGAUUCCAGGAAGAUCAAGGCACAGAGCAGAAGAGCAGAGAUGCAGACUAUCUGGAUAUGUUUCUCGAAGCACGUCAAAAGUGGCCAGAGGUGGUGGAUGACGCCAUGGUCGUCAGAUAUACUCUGAGCAACAUGAUUGCAGGGGCAGACACCACCUCGAGUAUCAUCAAGACUGCUAUCUACUACUCGAUGAUGGCAGAAGGGAGGUGGAAAAAGUUGAGAGAAGAACUAGAGAAAGCUGGAAUCAACAGAGAAAAGUGCCCAGUCAGUUACAGAGAUGCUAGGAGUGUGCCAUACCUGGAGGGGUUGGUAAGGGAGAGCAUGAGAAUUUUGCCGGGCAUUGCGCUAGGAUUGGAAAGACAUGUUCCCAAAGGAGGUUUCACAUUGCCUUCGGGGCACUACCUGCCAGAAGGUACAGCAGUGGCCAUGAACCCUUAUGUCCUUUCUCGGAACAAGCAAAUCUGGGGUGAAAAUGUGGACGAGUUCAAGCCUGAAAGGUGGCUGAGGGCUGGCGGAGAGAAUGAGACCAGAUACCAAGAAAGGCUGCAGAUGAUGAACAGCGCAGACUUGACUUUCGGUGCUGGGAGCAGAAUGUGUCUUGGAAAGAAUUUGGCGCUGAUGCAAAUCUAUAAAGGCCUCGCAACAUUAGCGUUGCUUUACAACGUUGAGCCAGCUGACGGGGCGAAGGAGUGGAAAGUCAUCAACAGCUUUUUUGUCAGGCAGGAGGGACUCGAAGUUAGGCUGACAAAGAGAGUCUGA